AUGCGAAAAAAUGCUUCACGUGGGCUUCUGGCUUCCUCCUCAAGGACUUACACACCUGCACCGCCGAAAAAAGAACACCGCGUUAACUCAACCAGCUGCGCUCAAUUAGAGCCACUGGAUGUACCGCAGCAAUCGGUGUUAAAUAAACGAUUACGCACGAGAGCUCAGCACAGCACAGCCCCUCGUACUGUACUUCCUCCUCCUAUCAACAAUGGCAUGCGUAACUCAUACAACAAUGAUAACCCGAAUCGUCCUCCCUCAGAUGCAAAAUCAACAGGGGGUGAAAAAUCUAGUUCUGCUAAGCAGCAACCAGUAUUAUUAACAACAGCUCGUGCGAUAACCCACGCUAACUCGAUCAGAAUGCCUUCAAUUAACCCUAGAUCGAAGGGUACGGGCGUAAAGCCCUCUUCUGGAGAAAUAACCGACAAGGAGUAUCCGCGCGAGCCAAAACGCCCAGGAUUGCAACGUCCGCGUGUUGGUACUAAUACCACCACGCCUGGUCAAUCACCACCCAAGUUGUUUCACCGAACCGCGUUUUCAAGAUUGCCCGUACGAACUCCAGUUAACAUUACUUCAAAGGCUGAGGUUGAUUCCGCAGAAAUGGCUACCAGAAAAGGUGAGUUGAGCACGAUGCGUCGGAAGCGAAUGGAGGCAAGGGUGAGACCACUGAGCCCUACUCAAUUAGCCACACACCCUGAUUCUGCACUCAACAACAAAGCGUCUUUGCCUCUGGAAAUGCCGGAACUUAUUACUAAAAAAAUGAUUCCAGACACACAAGUAGCAAGAAAGUCAAUUUCACCUCAUCAACAACCCGGCACCCAUACAGAUAUCAAGGACAAAGCUGGCGACGCUGGCAGCUUGACCCCCUUGGUCCCACAACCGUCUAGCGCAGAGGAUUAUCACGACUCCUCAAAUUGGCGCACGCUCGAGGAGAUUCCCGAUGAAGCCGUUUCUGUGAUAGAAGGGUCUUCCUUGGAACCACCCUUCUCAACCCAUUUGUGGGCCCAAGCCCACGUAGACCCCAGUAAGAUUGUCUCCCAGUCUGUUGGAUUUUUUAGCACCGCAUUGGGCUCGGAAAGUGUUACCAACGGCCCUCCGAAGGGCGCACGAGCCUUGCACUGCUAUCCAAAGCAACUGAAGGAGGGCUACUAUGCGUGCGCGAGAUGCAGGAACCCGGUGUGCUCCCCAUUGCAUCAGGUACCCACUGCGGACCUGCAACACUCACGGACUACAGGGUAUGCCGUGUUCAGCCGUGCGCAUGCGAAGGGCCUACGGGUGGUGAUCACCAAUAUAACCGAGGAAAGCUCUAAGAAAACUUCGAUGAUACAAAACAAACCCCAAGUACAACGUCUGAAACCAAGCAACUCACUGACGUUCUCGGUGUUUUGUCGAUACUGCAAUGCCUGUGUUGGUAUUCUAGAAAGCGCUGAAGGUAGAGGCGCUAUUAGUAUCCAAGAUGAUGGCAAACCCAAAGAAGAAAAUGUGUGUGAGUGGUUUAUAGUGAACAGUUUAUGUUUGGAGUACAUACCACUAAAUACACGAGCCCGUCUCGAUGAGCUACUUGUAUGCACCUCAUCACACGAUAAAAAGAAGUCCAGGUGCGGAACAAUCCACCUUGAUUAUAAUAAUUAUCCGAACUCUAUGAAUGAAGAGGAUCAACAGGCCCUCGCAACAACCAUUGCCUCAGUGUCAUCUUUACAAGGUUUGAUCUUAAAUGGAAAGGAUGAAACGAAUCGUCUGGCCGAAGAAUGGGGGCUAUGUUUGGAAUGCAGCACUAGCGAUGAAGAUAUCGCGUUGUGUGCAUAUUAA